AAACUAUUUACAAUAUUUUGCGUGAUGCUAUCCAGAGGCGCUCUAGUACGAGAUUUACAUACAGACAGGAGUAAGAUCCUCGAUGAUUACUGUCCAAAAACUGAACAUUGUGAGGAGGGGACACAUGUCAUGUGCAUGUAUUAUAAUCCUAAAACCAUUAUGGGACCACAAUGCCACAAAUCAAAGGACAUCCAUAUCAGCCCUGACGAUGCCAUGCAAUUUGUUGAUUUAGCUAAUGUAGUUCGAGGGCAUAUAGCGAAAGGAGAGGAAAUCGGUAAGGACGGGGUCAAACUACCCCGCGCUUACGGGAUGUUUAAAGUGGAAUGGGAUGAAGAGCUCGCAACUUUUGCGCAAGUGUUGGCGAAUCAGUGUAUUUUAAGACAUGACAUGUGUAGAGCAUCUAAGCGUUUCCCCGAGCCCGGUCAAACGGCCGGCAUAGUCCGGUUCACGUUCCCGGACUGGUACUCUCUAUAUGACGCUGAGAACUCCACAGCAGGUCUGACGAAUGAUAAGCUGGUGUAUGGAGUGCAGCAUAUCUUCCAGACGUGGUACGCGUUGAAGGAAUAUGUUAGCCCUGACAUGAUUAGAAAGUAUCCUGAUUGGGCUGUAGACACAGACAAAGCAGCGGGGCGACUCUAUCUAGAGAUGAUAAAUGGUAAAUCCACUCGCAUAGGUUGUGGAUUGUCAGCAUACGCAGCAUAUGCUUACCAUGCUAAUAAUGCAGACUUGACUUAUAACAACAUACAAAUAAUAUGCAACUAUUCCACCCGGAGUCGUCCUGGCGAAGAGGUAUAUAACAUGAAACCUCCAACGAGCAACGAUAUAGGCUACACCUUACGAUGCGGCUGUCCUGUGGGAUAUGAUGAAGAUCCUAACUGCUUAUGCUAUCCUAGUAACCGAGGAAAUCCUGAAUUGUGUGAAAAUGAUCAAUGCAAGCCUUCAGUUGUACUUCUUCCUAUAUUCACUGUAGAAGAUGCGCCGGAGGAUAAAAUGAUUCACUCAAAUAAAAUGGUUGCUAACAACACAAUAAGAUUAACUGACUCCUUCGAAAUAUUCGAUCAUUUCGAUAAAUUUACUAAGAAACCAUUUUUACAUAGUACGCAACAUCACAAUAUAAUAUACCAUGAGGAUCCAACUCGCAAAAAUCAGAGGAAGCGUGUUGAACAUAAACAUACAAGCGUGGGCAGGCGGUACUUUAACGGUCAAUUAAAAAGUGCCCCCUACCGUGAUACACCUGCAAAAAUAAUUUCAUCUCCAUCACAUAAAAAAAAACACAGGUCUGGUCAGAGUAUAUUUUCACGAACGGCAAUAUUUGAAUUACCAAACAGAAAACUUAUAACUAAGACAACUAAAACUCCACAACUAAUAAGAAAGGAUGUAGUUCCCAGAAAAGAUUUUACAAACGUACGUAAACUGGUAACAACUUAUUUAAAUAGAAGAAGAGCAAAUGGUAAAGAUUUGCUCUCGAAAUCUUUAAAUAAAGAAAUCAAACAUCUGUUUAAUGAUUCGUCUUUGGAAGAGCAUGAAAAAGCUACGGAAAGUAUUCUGAAGACCACAAUCAGCAUUAUUAAUUUUAAUCAAUAUAAAAAAGACAAAACAUAUGACUAUAGCAACGUUUCUAUAAAUUCAGCUUUUAAAGUAAACCAUGAUAAUGGUGAAGACAAAAAUGUACUGAACUUAAUAAAUGAUUUAAAAACUGAAGUAAAACAUAUACAUUUCGAUAAGAAGGAGAAAGAAAUAUUCGAUGCUAAACUUCGCCAAUUAUAUGAUACUCUAGCAAUAAAUGCUGAGGAUAAAUUAAACACUGAUUUGAAUUCAAGAAACAGUUCUAUAAAAAAUGGAAAAUACAGAACUUUUAAUGACAUAAAAACAGACCACCUUAAAGAUAACAUUAAGAAAAAUCCUAAUGAUCAUUUUGAUAGACUGUUUCAUAAAAAGUUUAUGCACGAAUAUUCUACUGACAAUAUUGGAAACGAAAAUGAUCUCAAACAUAUGAAAGAUGGUAAACCUAAUGAAAACAAACUAAGUAAAAUAUAUGGAAUAAGACGACGAAACAAAGAUUUCUAUAGAAGAACGGGUAAUGGCGAUGUAAGAAAUAAUUAUUAUUUAAGAAAAGACAAUUUUGAUGAAGGUUUGAGUACGGAUAGAAGGAGAUAUUACCAAGAGAAACUCGACAAUCUGGAAAGAAAAUUGAAGAACUUGCGUGAUUAUAAACGAAAAAAUAUAGUAGAUACCUGAUGACCGCCACCUCAGACCAAUGAAACCAGCAAACGAAGUCGAACGACGAAGAUCAGAAGAUAGCAAUGUAUUCUAUAUGCCCGAUAGGGCUAGAUUUUUACAUGGUUUUAAAUAAACUUUCAGUAGUUAGGCUUGC